AUGCUUUUGAAAAUCUUGGCAUUUGGACUCGUCUAUAAUCUAGCCACUGGGCAAGGCCCAAGUCUAGAUGAAGUCGUUAAUGACCAGUUACUACGGGUGGGAUCCGAUCAAGCAGCCCGAGUAGAUUGUAGCCAAUUGUUUGAGUGCAAGAUUGUAUCCUAUAGUCCCGUUUGUGGCUCGGAUGGAAUCACUUAUGCCAAUUAUUGUGUCUUUGCAAAAAAAUAUUGCUCGUUAGAUCAAGGUGCAGAUACUUUGUAUAUCCAAUCUCAAGGUAAAUGUUUUUCUACGUCUGAAAAUGAUAAAUAUCAAGACGGAAGAAAUUUUGCGCCACUGGAUGAACGGUCUACUUUAUCUCAAUAUGACACAUUAGAGGUGGAUACGUCAAGUGUUUUUUGCUCACUCACGUGCCAAGCGACAUCAAAUCCGGUCUGUGGAACGGAUGGAGUCACGUACACAAACGAUUGUCACCUUCUAUCCACAAAGUGUAAACAUCCACACUUAGAAAAACGCUCGGAUGGUGCUUGUAAAAGGGAUCAUUUCGAUAUUUUGGAAAUUGAUGACACUAUUUACACUGAUGCUGCAGAGGAAAAGUGUAACUCCAUGUGCAAACGUUUGUACGAGCCAAUUUGUGGCUCAGAUGGAGUAACAUACGCAAAUUUGUGUCUUCUUGAGUAUGCUGAGUGUCGGAAUCCUAAUAUCAAAGUUUUUGGACCAGGCAAAUGCCCAAUUCACAUGCAAAUAGCUCAUACAACACACAAUUCUGAGAGCAAAAACAAUAAUGACGUGUCAUGUAUACCUGAACUUUGUACGGAUAUAUAUGCACCAGUAUGCGGCUCUGAUGGUCAAACCCAUGAAAACCUUUGUCUUUUUUCCAAUGCUAGAUGUCAAUAUCCCAAUCAUGAAUUAUCAAUCAUUCAUGACGGCGAAUGCAACGUCGACACACAAAUCACGUGCGACACGAUGACGUGUCCUAUGUUCACAGAGUGUCGCGAAAAAGCUGAAGCAGAUAGUACAAUUGUCGCGUAUUGUGCGGACGUUUGCUCGCCUGAUCGCUGUGGCGAGCUAGACGAAUGUCAAUUAGUGGAUUCUGAUUGCUUUACGGCUCCGUGCUCUCCUAUUGCCAUGUGCGUUCCAAAAACGGUGUGA